AUGGAAAGAAAGCGCAUUUUUCUUAUUAGGCACGCCCAAAGCCGAGUCAACCAGCUGGUAGAGGAACACUCCCGGCUAGGAAAAAUCGCUGAUCUGCCUUCAUUAGAGUUUUCUCCAGAAUCUAUCGAUACUGAGCUUUCUCCCCAUGGGGAAAGUCAAGCUAUCCAAGUUAUAGCUUCAGCUCGGGCUCUUCACAUAAAAAUAGUGCUUGUUUCUCCACUCCGCAGAGCCCUCAAAACAGCCAAAAUUUUAUUUGAAAAUCAUCCUGAUAGGCCUAGAAUUAUUGUCCACCCAUCUUUGACAGAAAAUCUCCAUCACGGCGCCGAUGUGUCUUCUUAUCAAGGACUUCCCUAUCAAGACUACUUAAAUUUUGACUGGAGCUUGAUUAGCAGUGAUUAUUAUUUGCUUAACGUCAUACAAAAUGAAUUCACUGAACGACUGAAAAGCUUUCCAAUUCAAAAUGUCCCAGUUGAGUUGCUGAAUACUAUGAGAAAUAUGCAGCCAAAUUGAAUAGAAACUGAUGAAAGUAUAUAUAGAAGAGCCCAAGACACCAAAGAAAUUUGAAAAAAAUACUUAUCUCAUUAAGUUGUAUUUAAUUAAUAAUAUAAUGAAAUCUCUACUAAAUUUUUAAUCUGCUUAUGCUUUAAAUAUAAAUUUUUCCUCAAAUGCAAGCCAAAAAUUUUAUUCUAUGGAGGAGAGUCAGAAGAAGGGAAUAUUGCUUUAGUGGGGCAUUCGAACUUUAUGAAAUUUUUUACUAUGAGUAGGGAUAAAAGGAGCUUUAAGUGGCUUGAAAAUUGCGAAAUAUAUGAAUAUGAAGGUCUAUUAUAA